AUGGCAUCCUCGUCCUCAUCUACGCCUCUGCUAUAUGCAUGCAUAGCGCACAACACCACCGUCCUCACCGAACACACCGCCUCGGCCAGCAGCAAUGCCUCCUCGCUCGUCUCGCUCGUCCUCCCGCGCCUCACCCACACCACGUCCGCACACAAGACAAUCGACCAGUCCAAGUACUUCAUCCACUGCCUCGUCAAGUCGCCUGCCGACUUCCCCGGCGCGCAAGCCUCAGCGGGCGGCCUUACCUUCCUCGUCAUCGCCGAGCGCGACCUAGGCCAACGCAUCCCCUUUGGCUUCUUGACCAACUUGGAGAAGAAGUUCUUCGCUGAAUUCGAGACGGCUUCGACAAACUUUAGUGAUCUGCCGCCCUAUGGUUGCGCAUCCUUCAAUGGGGCGCUCAAGAAGCUGAUGCUUGAGCAAGGUAGCACACAGGCGGGCCAGCAGGAUGCUUUACGCACCGCGCAACGCGAAAUUGAGGGCGUGCGCGAAAUCAUGACUGAGAACAUUGAGCGCGUCCUGGAGCGCGGUGAGCAUAUGAGUGUGCUGGUCGAUAAGACAGGCCGCUUGGGCGAGAAUGCGCGCGAUUUCCGGGUGAGGAGUAGAAAUUUGAAGCGGAGAAUGUGGUGGAAGAACAUAAAAUUGAUGGUUUUAUUGUGCUUGGUUGUCAUCUUUUUGAUUUAUCUCUUCGUUGGGUUUGGGUGUGGUUUGCCUGCUUGGGGACGGUGUCUGCGUCACUAA